AUGGCUCUUCACGGUGCUUCUUUCUGCUUCACAAGUGUCGCUUCUAAUCCUCUAGGUUCAGUCAAGUACAGUCAUCCUAUUGUUAAAGCUUCCGUGCUUCCUUCCCCUCUUUGCCCUCCAAAUGUUCGAUUGAAUGCUAAAGGAAAGGCAAAGGUAAUACCUGAUGAUGGGAGAUCUGAAACAAAGGAAUUGCCUCUAGUUGUUUGUUUCGGGGAAAUGCUUAUUGAUUUCGUCCCAACUGUUAGUGGUCUUUCUUUGGCCGAUGCACCUGCGUUUAAAAAGGCUCCAGGGGGAGCUCCUGCUAAUGUUGCUGUUGGCAUAGCUCGGUUAGGAGGUUCAUCUGCUUUUAUUGGAAAGGUUGGUGAGGAUGAAUUUGGAUAUAUGCUUGCUGAUAUACUCAAGGAAAAUAACGUAAACAACCAAGGGAUGCGUUUUGACCCUGGUGCACGUACUGCCUUAGCAUUUGUUACAUUGAGGAGUGACGGAGAGCGAGAGUUCAUGUUUUAUCGUAAUCCCAGUGCUGAUAUGCUGCUCCAAGAAGAUGAACUAGACUUGGACUUAAUCAGAAAGGCCAAGAUUUUUCAUUAUGGUUCAAUCAGUCUUAUAACAGAACCAUGCAAAUCGGCACAUAUAGCUGCAGCAAAGGCAGCAAAAGACGCCGGUGUAUUUCUGUCCUAUGACCCUAACCUGAGGCUUCCUUUAUGGCCUUCUGCAGAUAGUGCUAGAGAAGGAAUUCUGAGUAUAUGGGAGACUGCAGAUAUCAUCAAGAUAAGUGAAGAAGAGAUUUCAUUUCUUACAAAUGGUGAAAAUCCAUAUGAUGAUGCCGUUGUACAAAAACUUUUCCAUCCAAACCUCAAGCUACUUCUUGUUACUGAAGGUUCAGAAGGUUGUAGAUAUUACACCAAGGAGUUUAGUGGUAGAGUGAAGGGAAUGAAGGUGGAUGCAGUUGACACAACCGGAGCUGGUGAUGCAUUUGUUGCUGGAAUAUUAUCACAAUUAGCUACAGAUCUUUCAUUACUUAACAAAGAGGAACAACUGAGAGAUUCUCUCAAGUUUGCCAAUGCUUGUGGUGCAUUGACUGUGACUGAGAGAGGUGCAAUACCAGCAUUGCCCACAAAAGAAACUGUUCUGAAUGCCCUGCUUGAACCUGUAUUGUAA